UCUUCCAAUGUGUAGGAAGGAACUGCAGAUGCUGGUUUAAACUGAAGAUAGACACAAAAAGCUGGAGUAACUCAGCGGGACAGGCAGCAUCUCUAGAUCGUGAUCCUUCUUGCAAUAAUAGCUAGCAGUGGGUCUGCAAUGUGGUUCAUACUUAAGCAGUUCAAUAGGAAAGGCAUCAAGUUUGCGAAAGACAUAUCACAGGUGAUAUAUAUUCAGAAAGCUCCAUAAGGAUGUGGACAACAGUCAAGGGUUUGAAGAAAGGGCUCAGAUUGUUAAAUAUGCAAAAGAAAGAAACAUAAUGUGCUGAAUGGAAAUUGAUAAAAUGAUCAAAGAGCUCCCAUACACUUUGGAAAUAGUUUGUUGCCAGAGAAUAAGAUUUGAAGCUUACCUUUGCUCCCAGAAUAGUCUGGAGUGCUGGACAGUUUUGAGGCUCCAGGGAGAGGAAUCGGUAACCAAUUGUGUUUAAUGAAGGGUGGAUAACUUGCAGCAUAUAAACCUGGGCCUUGAGAGAAUAAAGGAAGAUAAAAGAACAUUGAUUAUCAUAGUGCAGAGGAGAGAUUUUCCUGGAGAACCAAAGAUGGAGGUCAGGAGGUUACAGGUGGAGAAGUAUGGUGGCAAAUGGAACAUCAAAUAUUUGGCUAUCCAAAGUUCAAAAGUAAAAUGACAAAAGAGGGGCCUCAUUCCUAGAAUAGAAACACAAGGGAUUGGUGAUAUAAAUGAUGGAGUACGUCCAAGUGAAGGCAGAAAUAGUGAGAUCAUUCUUAGUAGUGGAGAGGCCAUGGAGCUCAAGGGGAUAUCCCUAAAGGUGGUUGAGCAAUAUAUAAUGAGGAAAAAGUUAGGGAUGAGAUCAUCAUGGGACAUGAAAGCAUGGAGAGCUGGGAAAGAGAGGGAAAUUACCUAGAUUCAGAAAAGAAGCUCUGUGAGGAAAUGAAGUAAUUCCAGGCAGAACCUGAAAUGGGGCUUUGCAACCAGAUUUUAAAAGAGAAAUGAGAGCAGUGAAAUAAGAUGAAGAGUUCAAAGGAGAAAAUAUCCGAGAAAGGAACGGAGGUCGAGGUGCGAUUUGGUGAUAAGAUUCACAACCUUGCCACCACAUUUUGAGUAGGUGUAUUCAUCUGGAGGGGCUUCAGUAAGUCAGGAUAACUUUGAUCAAAGGUGUGAUGUCAAUGUAACAUCCAUAAUAAUGAUCAGAAGUGGUAAUGUUUGUUCAUGAGCAAACAAAUAGUCUUUUGAUGAAGUCCAAAGAGACAUUUGCAGAUGAGAAUGUUCAUGGGAUUACCAACCAAAUGUAUUUACUGGGGCAUAAAAAAAAAUUAGAGGGAGACAAGGAGGGGAAAAAAGAAGCUGAGGAAAAAUAUUAAUGGUGACGAGAAUGGUGGACAAAAAUGGGAGAAGACAGAAAAGAAAGGAUGGAUUGGGAUACAGAGAAAAAGACAAAGGGAUAGAAAAUUUAGUGGUGCUGUGAAAAUGUGCACAAAAUUGAUUGCAGUUUGUAUUUUGCCAAAGUAAGAUUUGAUAAAGCAAGUUAAUGGAAUUUUAAUUAUUUUUUAUGAAGUCUCGUGAGCAGCCUCAUAUUAAGGGGCACAAUCACAUUUGUAAAAACAACACCUUUAAACUUUAAAAAAUGCUAAUACUUUGUUUGGGAUCAUAUCUAUGUUCCUACACUUCACUUCAAUUAAUAUUAUUAUUUUAUUUUUCUGAACUGAAAUACUUGUAACGUUUGAUUUAUUUUUGGAUAAUGAGAGAUGUCAUGUUCUUAAUGACGUCCAUUUGUAAAUUGAUUCAUGUUAGACUUAAAGACGAUGGCCUGUGCAUUUUACUAAAUCAUAAUAUUUCUUUGCUCAUUUAUUUUAGAUAUAAAACAAAAUGUCCAGUCCAGAAGGUUUUGCUGCUGUCUUUUACAGCGAGCCAGGAGUCCUUGGGCUUCUGGCCAACGUGAUCAGUGCCUUCCUUGUAGCUCUGCAGAAUUUUGCACAAGUGAAUACAAAUAUUCUGGCUAAUGGAACUGAAAACAUUUUGGCAGGAGUUCACCUUAUUCUGAUUGGCGGAGUGACACAACUUUUUGCUGGUUUAAUGGCCUUCAGAAAGUAUGACCAUCUUGGAGGCACAGCCUUUAUAGCAUUCUCAGCUCUGUGGAGCAGCUUUGGAGCAACUCGGAUUAUUUUGGGAGCCAAUUCCCCUCUGAAUGAGACAGCCACCACCCUAUAUCCAAUAAACAGCAGCUUGCCAAUUAGUAAUCUAAAUGUGGCCAUGCCCCAAAUCAGUGAGUCAGCUGUUGCUGGGCUUGUAGCAUACAUCAGUGUGGCAUUUAUAUUGUCCUUUUGUUCUGCCACAACUAAUUAUAUCAUGCCUUUUGUGUUCGGGGCCAUUACAAUAACAUUAAUUUUUGAGGCCAUCGGCCUCUUUAGCCAAUGGGCUUUAAUAGUAUCCGGAAUCUUUGAAUUAGUGAUAGUUGUCUUUGGGCUUUACGGAGCCACUGCCUUACUUUUAAAGGGAGUCACGCAGAGAUACGUCCUUCCUGGGUUUGGCAAUGCAUUAGUUAAUGUUCUGCUUCUAGGGACAAAUGACAAUUCUUCUUCCAAGAGCCUUGGUGAGGAGAAGAAGAAGAAUACUAAAUAUGCAGAGCCAAUGGCUCUUGGUAACCUAUGCAGCGUAAUUUCUCCCUUUGUCUUUGCCUUUUACUGCUUUGGGUACAUGAGAACAUUUUAUGUGGGAGCAGUGUGGGUCAGUAUCAAUUCUAUUGCACAGCUUUAUGGAAGCUAUUAUAGCUACUUACGUACUGAUGUCUACUUUGCCACAAAGUUUGGUGUACAUAGUAUGUUCUGGCUUGUGAAGUCCUGGGAGGAGUUCAUUCUCUCAGUUCUGAGCAAUGGUGAUAUAUUAAAUAUCGUAAGAGUCAGAAUGACUGGCGAUUGGUUUUUUUUGGCCACCGCUUUGAUUUUAUGUCUGAUGUCUCUGAAUAGAAGCAAACUUGAAAUAAUCCACAAUGGCUUCUUCAUUCUACUCACCAUCUCCACCAUUCCUCAGAUCGACAAUGUUCCAUACUAUAGAUUUUUUGGUGCGAUUUGCUCAAUGUUCACGGCCUUGUCCCUUUACAUAACGUUUGCGAGUCUGAUCAACUCCAUAGCAGAAAAGGCGUUGAUUCCUAUUGGAACCCAGGUCCUCUCCACAAAAACAUUUCAAAAUGUUCUAUUUGCCAUGAAAAAAUUGUUCACCAAAGCCGACGAGCUCCCAUCCUCUACUGAUGUACAGCUUCCAGAUGCCCUGUUCUACAUCUGCAAUGGGCUAGCAGCUCUGGCUGCCAUUCAGGGUGCAAAUAUGGACCAGCUCCAAGCUCAUCUCACUAUUCCCUGGGUGCUGAUCCCUGGAGCUCUCAUCCAAAUCUACGUAUCCAGGAUUCAAGUUCGAGGAGGAAGGCGUUUUGGCUCCGUGCUACCAUUUUGCUAUGCAGCUAUCUGGGCAACCUGGGCCUGGCUUAGAUUUGCAGGUCAGUUGUUGAAUAUUGACACCAAUUCUGAUGGUGCAUUCACUGCAGGAGCCAUUGCAUUCCUUGUAGUCAACGUGUUUCUUGUUGUCUUAGCUGCUUAUAUCAAUAUAGUGCUGCUGAUAACCACAGCGAUCAUGGAAGUGAUAAUCAUCUGCUUUCUACUCUUCACCUUGGAGAAGCUGCCUCUUCCUUUAGAAGGUGUGAUGUUGGCCUUGUUCAGCCUCGUCUGUGUUUACGGAGCAGCUGCCUCUUUGGCUAACCAUAUGUUUGGGAAACAGUUAAUUCCUCUUGGUGGUCCCAUCUUCAAGGCUAAUGCUCCAGGAAAAAACAGAAAUAAAUUUGAAAAGUCUUCACCUUGUCCCACUUUCUCUUCACGUCUGACUAGUGGUCUACAAACCAUUGCAAAGAUCUUGGAUUCGGGCCAUGUGUGUGGAAUCCCAACUGAUACAGUGUAUGCCCUUGCUGCUUCCUGUAAGCACCCAGAGGCCAUUGAAAGUAUAUACAACAUAAAAGAGCGUCCUGCAGAGAAGCCAAUCUGCAUUUGUAUCUCCAGUCUGGAACAGCUUGCUGCAGUGCGACCUCCAUUCAGCCCAUUGCUCUGGGAGUUCAUGAACCAGGUCUACCCUGGCGGCAUCAGUUGUGUUGUAAAGAAAGGAGAGUGGCUGAAGAAAUUAGGUGUUGGUGCUGCUUAUGAUCGUGUUGGCACGAAGGACAGCAUCAUGAUCCGUGUUCCUGACCACACUGUGACAGCUCAUCUAGUGAAUAUGACUGGACCACUGGCCAUUACUUCAGCAAAUCCUAGUGGAGCAUCUGACAGCAUCCAUCACGACAUGGUUAUCUCGCGUCUUGGGCACAAGAUCAAUGGUGUUUUAUGUGAUGGAAGUUCCAAUGAAUUAGUUGCUUCGACUGUUGUCAACUGCAUCAAGAUUGAUGAAGACGGAAUCACUAUUUUAAGAGAAGGAUGUGUCCCAGCUGCAAAGGUCCUGCAGAUUUUUGAGCAAGUGAAGAACAAAGUUGAUUAAUGGCAAAUUUCAACCAACAGAAAUUUUCAGGAGACACCAAAUCAAGAUACGGAAAUUACCGAAAUUUGGUUACAGAAUGGAAAUAAUGUCCAUUACAUAUUAGAUUGAUUUGUUAUUUAUUUGACAGAUGUGCCAUGCAAUAACCUAUUGUGGGAUCCUUUCAGCAUAGAGUACACAGGAAACAAUGUUUUGUUGUACUUUAUCAGGUAUUAGUUUGCCAUGUAAAAAAAGCACUUUAUAAGAAAAGGAUACAAAAUUCUGAAUUGAAACUGCAUUCAAUAGUUAAUAACCGAAUAUUUAAUGAAAUUAUGUCAUUUCAAUAAUUCUACCAUUCUGCUAUUAUAAAGUAAAAAAGAAAAGUGCUUAUUUCUAUAAAGGGUAGUGCUGAAUUCAUUAACUGAAGAUCUGAAACAUAAAUCUGCAGAUCCUUGCAUUUGCAAUUUGAAACUGUAUCUUUAAUUAGGAGAUGCAGCUGCAAUGCUCUUACUGCAAUGUGCAUGAAUAUUACUUCAUCUCAAUGUAAUCAAAAGUAAAUUAAAAGACUGCUGAUGGUCUAAACCUGUCAUAAAAUGCAAAAAUACUGUAAACACUGUUCAAGUAAUAACCACAUUCCAAUCCCUCCUUUUGAGCCCAGAAGCUGCCAGAGGAGGUAGUUGAAAAUUGAACUAUCCCAACGUUUAACACACAGUUAGACAGGUACAUGGAUAGGGUAGGUUUGAAGGGAUAUGGUUCAAACAUGGCAAGUGGGAUGAGUGUAGCUGGGACAUGUUGGUCAGUGUGGGCAAGUUGAACCAAAGGGCCUGUUUCCACACUGUAUCAUUAUAUGGCUCCAUGACUCUAGCAGCAUAUGAAAAUCUACCUCUAUUUUAUCCUUCCAGUCAUAUUCCUUGUGACAAAUGUAUUUAUUUAUAAAUUAAUCAUAAUCAAUAAUGCAAUCAUUUUUUUCUUCUGGUUUGGUGAUAAAACUAUUUUGUUAACACAAAUUUUAAUAGAAAACAAAAAAAAUCUGUAAAGUAAAUAGCAAAGUCAUAAGGAAAAGGCAUCUCUAAUGUAGGUGUGGCAGGAAAAUUAGUGGAGGUUAGCAGACAUAUGAAAGAGAAUAGUUUGCAAGGAAAUGGUAUUGAAAUGUUGCUCUGUGAGGCAGCGUAGACUCAAUGGGUCAAAUAUUCCCCUAUAUCAUAAGGACUUUUAUGAGGACACACAUAAUGCUAAUAGUCUUAAUCCUAGAACAUCAUAUUUUUAUCUGAUCUUUUUUAUUGUAAUGCUUUAUCAUCAGGAUUUUGUGGUAAAUGUGUUUGAAGCAGAGCAGAUUCAAUAGUAACGUUCAGGAGGGUAUUGGAUAUAUAACUGAAUAGUAGAAAUCUAAAGGGGCAAGACUGGGACUAAUUGUAUGGCACUUUCCAAGUGUCAAUAUAUACAUUGCCUGCUGUGCAGCAAGAAUCAGUGAUUCUGUAUAUAUAGAAAUGAUACUGUAUUUUAAAUUAUUUAAAUUAUGGCUAUUUAACAUAAGAUUAAAACAUUUUGUGUUUUAUUUUGAAGAACUUUGAAAGAAUUGGUAACUGGAGGUACAACUUUCAUUAACCAUUGCCUCAUAUUUAUUAGUUGUUCUCAUGUGCCUUUAUUGUAAUGGACACAAUUGUCUGGAAAUACUCCAACCUAGUUGUGCACUCAGAUUUGGUUCUUUUGACUUCACUGGAGUUGAAAUUUGAAAAAGGAGCAGAGUUGGAUGGCGAUACCUUACUCUAUUGACCAGGAUGAAUUUCUCAGCAAAUUUCUGACUACGUCAACACGCUUGAGUGCCAAAUAACAUGAACUUUGCUGGAAAAUGUAGUUCAUAAGAUGAAGAUUGAACAAUGUAGAAAAUCAAUCUUUUAUGGAAGAAUUGUAAAUAUUUUCCACUGUGUAAAUGUUCAUAUUAUGUCAAUAAAGAAUACAA